AUGGAUCAUCGGAUCAGCGCUACAUUAACUGUUUCUCUUGUGCUCCUUAUUGCGGUAAGAUUUUUUUUCUAAAAAAAGGUUUUUCAAUUUACUUAUACUUAUAUAAACCAGUUGUGUUGACACUUGGCUUUAUUAGAAAGUUAUAUGGUUUUAAAAAUGGCAAAAAGUUGAAAAAAGUUCAAUUUUUUUUGAAAAAUAACGAUUUUUUACGGCAGCUUUUUUCAAAUUUUUAAAAAUUUUUUUGAAAAUUCAAUUUUUUGAUACUGUAAAAAAUGUUAAUCUGCAACAUAUCAACAAGUUUUCUUUUAAUAUCUCAAUUUAUAACAAAGUAAUAGCGUUUUAAAAUGUCAAUAAUAGGCGAAAAAGGGCUGAUUUUCAAAAAAAAUUGUGCUUUUUAUCAAGUUUUUCAAACUUUCUUUAACUCGUUUUAAAUACCGUAGAACUCCUGUAUAACGAAUCGUUCGGGGAUUGGAAAUGUGUUCGUUAUAAAGGAGUUUUGUAAUACAGGAGUUUUAAAUGCACUGUGUAGUAGUAGACGGAGAUUCAAGAGUUGUUCGUUAUACGGGAUUUUCGUUAUAGAGGAGUUCGUUAUACAGCAAUUUCACUGUAAUAUACUGAAAAAGUGGUGUAAAAUACGUCAUAAUAGGGGAUUUGUGAAUUUAAAGUUGAUAUCUAGAAAUAUAAGAAAGUUAUGUUGAUUUAAAAAUUUUAAAAAAGUGAAAAAAGUUCAAUUUUUUUGAAAAAAAUUCUUUUUUGAAGGUUAACUUAAUAUAACUACCAGAAUUCCCAAAUUUCAAAUAUCCAGAUCUAGCUCCAGCUCCGGCUCUGCUUUUUUUUAAAUUUUAACUUUGCCUCCAGCUUCAGAGCCGGAGCUCGUGGGAACUCUGAUAACUAACCUAUCUUAAACUAGCUUACCUUACUCUGCUUUACCUUAUGCAUAACACCCAUUUCUGAACAUAUUUUUUUUAAAUUGAAACAUUUUUAAUAAAAAUUUUAUCUUUUUCAGAGCGCAUGUGGUGAGAUUGAUCUAGGAAUAACACCUUCUGAUUUGUAUUCUGAAUUUGGCUACAGUUCAGGCUCAAAACAAGAUGCUAAAAAUGUUAGUGUAGCAAUAAUUGGCGGAGGUUUCGCUGGUUUAUCUGCUUUUCAAAAACUACUUGAACUAGGCUAUAACAAUGUGGAAUUGUACGAAGCGGCGAAUCGACUGGGUGGUCGGGUGUACCCUGUCGAGUUUGGUAAGUGAUUACUGUAAUUUGGGGGUGUGGAAAUGAAAAUUUUAGUCUUUUUGCAGUAUAUCAGGCUUCAAUUUUUAGAAUUUUUACAGUUUUGAAGUUUUUUUUAAAUUUUUAAUUUUUUGACAUUUCGUCUACAUGACAUUGAUUUUUUUUUGUUUUUUGAGAUGUUUUUAACAUGAUAUUGAUUUUUUAAAGUGUUUUAAAAUAUUUUCAACGUGAUAUUAAUUUUUAAAAAUUUUUUGACAUUUUGUCAACUUAAUAUUGAUUUUUUUUAAUUUUGUUGACAUUUCGUUUACUUGGUAUUGUCUUUGUAAAAUUUAUGACAUUUUCUUCCUAUAGAGUUUUUUUGUGCUGUGACAUUUUGCUAGCUUAAUUUUGAUUUUUUAAAAUUUUUUUGACAUUUUGUUAACUUAAAACUGAUUUUUUUUUAAAUUUCCGAAAUUUAAAUUUUUUAAAAUAUAAAUGAAUUUUUAACUUUUAAAUAGAAAAAAUUGUAUUUUAGCCGAUGGCUACAUCCAACAUGGCGCUCAAUUCAUUAAUGGUCAAGAAAACCCCAUCUAUAACAUAGCUGCUCGGCUUGGAGUGGUUGAUCGUGAAAUGGACGAUGAUGAACUGUUUCGGAACGCUGAUUAUCGUACUGGAAAUUGCAGUUUAGACAAGGAAUGCAUAGACGAGUUUGAGAAGUUUGUCGAAAAAUUGGAAUUUGAAAUUCAAGAGCUGGCUAAAGAUAAGACAAACUGGAACAGGACAGUUGACACCGUUUAUAACGAGGUGUUUGAGGAGUUUAUUGAGGUAAGAAGCAUUUAUUACACUAUGAUUUCUACUGUUAUAUUAUUGCUUUACCCUACCCUACCCUACCCUACCCUGCCUUACCCUACCCUACGCUAACCUACUCUAGCUUACCCUACCCUACAAAAUAAAGUACCCCAGUGCAUCUUACUGCGCACCCUACUGUAAACUUUCUUUUACCGCUAGUAGUGCAACACUCCUCUAAAGGGGGGGGAUAGUUCCUAAUCACCGCCCGAUUUCCAAAAGCAAUUACUCUAAACUUCCUUGCUUUACAGUGUAUCAUACCUUACCGCAUGUGCUACUGUACUCUCUCUCCCUUUACUUUGUUGCGUUUUAUAAUCUACCUUAUCCUUUUGUAUGAGACAGAUUACUAUACCUUACUGAAAAAUAUAAGUUCUUGUCUAUCAAAUUUAUUUUUUAUAAUUUUAGCAAAAGAACCCAUCAGAAUCAGAACUAACCUCCUACCGUGCUCUAUCUCAAUUCUACAAGACCUACUACGAAGGUGAAUGGUCAGCACCCAUUACCAAGCUGUCUCUUCGUAACUAUGCUGGUUGGGACGAUCAAUCAGAGAAGUUUGCUUCAUUUACAUUAAACAAGUUUGGGUACUACUCAGUACUGUCUGACCUAAUAUCAAAGCUACCGUCUGAAAACAUUCACCUCAAUUCAAAAGUGGCAACAAUCGAUUACAGAGGUGACAAGACUGUCAUAAAACUGGUUAAUGGAGAAUAUUUGUACAAAACCUUUGAUGUUGUUAUAGUUACAGUACCCUUAGGGCAUUUGAAGGCUCAUGUUCAUCAUUUGUUCAGGCCGGAGUUACCGAAGAAGAAGGUUGAAGCUAUUGAGAAAAUGGGUAGGUGAAGAUAAUAAAAAAUGACAAGAACUUUCUUUACAAAACAAAAAAUGGCAAGAACUUUCUUUACAAAAGAAAAAAUGGUAAGAACUUUCUUUACAAGUGAAAAAAUGGCAAGAACUUUCUUUACAAAUCAAAAAAUGGCAAGAACUUUCUUUACAAAACAAAAAAUGGCAAGAACUUUCUUUACAAAUCAAAAAAUGGCAAGAACUUUCUUUACAAAUCAAAAAAUGGCAAGAACUUUCUUUACAAAUCAAAAAAUGGCAAGAACUUUCUUUACAAAACAAAAAAUGGUAAGAACUUUUUUACCAAACAAAAAAUAGCAAGAACUUUCUUUACAAAACAAAAAAUGGCAAGAACUUUCUUUACAAGUGAAAAAAUGGCAAGAACUUUCUUUACAAAACAAAAAAUGGUAAGAACUUUUUUACCAAACAAAAAAUAGCAAGAACUUUCUUUACAAAACAAAAAAUGGCAAGAACUUUCUUUACAAGUGAAAAAAUGGCAAGAACUUUCUUUACAAAUCAAAAAAUGGCAAGAACUUUCUUUACAAAUCAAAAAAUGGCAAGAACUUUCUUUACAAAUCAAAAAAUGGCAAGAACUUUCUUUACAAAACAAAAAAUGGUAAGAACUUUUUUACCAAACAAAAAAUAGCAAGAACUUUCUUUACAAAACAAAAAAUGGCAAGAACUUUCUUUACAAGUGAAAAAAUGGCAAGAACUUUCUUUACAAAUCAAAAAAUGGCAAGAACUUUCUUUACAAAACAAAAAAUGGUAAGAACUUUUUUACCAAACAAAAAAUAGCAAGAACUUUCUUUACAAAACAAAAAAUGGCAAGAACUUUCUUUACAAGUGAAAAAAUGGCAAGAACUUUCUUUACAAGUGAAAAAAUGGCAAGAACUUUCUUUACAAAACAAAAAAUGGCAAGAACUUUCUUUACAAAUCAAAAAAUGGCAAGAACUUUCUUUACAAAUCAAAAAAUGGCAAGAACUUUCUUUACAAAUCAAAAAAUGGCAAGAACUUUCUUUACAAAACAAAAAAUGGUAAGAACUUUUUUACCAAACAAAAAAUAGCAAGAACUUUCUUUACAAAACAAAAAAUGGCAAGAACUUUCUUUACAAGUGAAAAAAUGGCAAGAACUUUCUUUACAAAUCAAAAAAUGGCAAGAACUUUCUUUACAAAAUAAAAAAUGACAAGAACUUUCUUUACAAAACAAAAAAUGGCAAGAACUUUCUUUACAAAUCAAAAAAUGGCAAGAACUUUCUUUACAAAUCAAAAAAUGGCAAGAACUUUCUUUACAAAUCAAAAAAUGGCAAGAACUUUCUUUACAAAACAAAAAAUGGCAAGAACUUUCUUUACAAAACCUAAAAUGGCAAGAACUUUCUUUACAAAACAAAAAAUGGCAAGAACUUUCUUUCCAUUUUCAAAAUUUUCAUUUCAGGCUUCGGCUCCUUACUAAAGGUCUUCCUAGUGUACGACCAGCCUUUCUGGGCCAACUGGACCAACUCGUUUGCUCCAUUAUUCGUUGAAGGCUGUUCUCCAGAUUCCUAUUUGAGUAAAGAGCUACACACUUUCGAACCGCUGUCCUGGCAAUCAAAUGUUCUUGUUGGUUGGUUGUCAGGCGAUGGUCCCAAACAUAUCGACUGGAUCAGUGAUGAAGAGCUGGCACAGCAUAUCACACAACACUUCAAGAAUUCUAUGUCGGAAGUUGACGUUCCGGAGCCAAAGGAGUUGAUUAGGUAAUAGUUUUUGAGAAGAGAUGUCGUUUUUUGUUUUGUAAAGAAAGUUCUUGCCAUUUUUUGUUUUAUAAAGAAAAUUCUUGCCAUUUGUUGCUUUGGAAAGAAGGUUCUUGCUAUUUUUUGUCCUGUAAAUAAAGUUCUUGCCAUUUCUAGUUUUGUAAAGAAAAUUCUUGUCAUUUUUCCCUAAAAAUCACUUUUCGCUUUCAGAACCUCCUGGCUACGUGACGACAAAUUCCGUGGCAGCUACAGCUACAUUUCCUCCGAAGCUGCCCAAUUCAAGGAAGAUCCCUUCGAACUUUUGGCUAGACCGGUCUUCAAAAACUGCCAACCUCGAAUUUUGUUCGCUGGUGAAGCUACACAUUCCAGAAUCUUUCAAACCACGAUAGGUGCAUAUCUUAGCGGUCGGCGUGAGGCCGAACGUAUCGAUUACUAUUUUGACCGGUUUAAUAGUGAUUUUAAGUGUAAUAACUCAUUUUCUAGGGUUUUUAACGACUUAAAUUGCACUAAAUAUGCUUAAAUGUGAUGAUAUUGAUCUAUAAUGACUUAAAACAAAUUUUUUAAUUUUUGACAUUUCGUUAAUUUUUUAUUGAUUUUUUAAACUUUUUUUGACAUUUCGUUUUCCAGUUAUACGGUUUGAAAAUACGAAUGGGUAUUAAGUUAAAUUUACAUUUCUUUCACAAAAAUUGUAAGUUCUUAACAUUUUGUGCACAUUAUAUCGAUUUUUUUUUGAUUUUGUGACAUUUCGUCUACUUAUUAUUGAUUUUUUUUUAAUUUUACCAUGCUUUGUUGUAAUUGAUUUUAAGAGUAAAAAAAUACUUUUUUAAGUUAAUUUGAGAUUAAUAUAUACUUAUAUUGUGUCUAUAUAUAUGAAUUUAGGCUUAACUAUCAAAAAUACCUAUAACUUAUCAUAUUUGCCAAAACAUUUCAAAUUUUUUUACAGAAUGAUAUAUCAAAUUGUUGACUGUUAUCUUCUACAGCUAGUAGUGGUAAUAAAUUUGUUUAUUUUUGUCGGUUUUUAGCUUUUUUAUAUUAAAAAAAUGGCAUUUGCUUUGCACAGUGCAGUCCAAAAAGUAAUUGAUUGCAUCGUGCAAAAAUUUUAAAAAAAAUUUUUUAAUUUUCUAAUGUUUAAAAAGACUUGUUUUUUCAUUUUUACAAUUUUAUUUUUAUUUAUUCAUAUUUUCAAAAAAAAUUUUUUUUAAUUUUUAAAAAAAUUUAAAUUUUAAAAAACCGCCAUUUCUUUUUAUACCUGACACCGAGCGGUCGGUGGAGCAGCAUGAUCGAGCCCGAAUAUUCAGUAUUACCCGAUUUGAUCAUCAGUAUGUUCAUGUUUUGGGGGCUUUCGGCUUCGCUCAGCCUUCAGUGCUACAUGAAGAAGAAGGAUAGACAAAUCAGGUUCAAGCAGUCGUAUUCGCAACAGAAGGUUCAGCGUAGGUUUUUUUAACUUUUUUCGUAUUUUAGGAGCUUGAGAUUGUUGAAGAACUUAUCUUUUUUUUUACCCUAAAGCCAUGUAAUGACAUUUGAAAGCGGUAAAAAAGUUUUGUCGUUUUUUAUUAUACAAACCAAUGGAAAGUGACGACAAGACAUUUUAGCUCUUUUCAAAAGCCUUGAUUUUCAAAUUGAUCAAAGUAAAUUACUUUUUUUAGCCAAAAAGCCACCCACCGCCCCAGUAAAACAGAAUAGAGUGGUCGAAACGAGUCAGCGAGUAUCAAUGCACGGCUCUGAAGAUGUUGAUGAUUACAAGAUGCCUACUGUAAACACACUCAAAAGCCAGAAAACUAAAGCGAAGAGCAAAGAGGUGAGGUUUUACUCGUCUAGGGUAUCUUAACCUACCCUAUCCUACCCAACCCUACAUUACCCUAUCCUAUCGUACUUUACCCUACCAACCCUACCAUACUCUACCCUGCCUUACACUACCAUAUCAUACCCUACCCUACCCUACCCUACCCUACCCUAUCCUACCCAACGCUACAUUACCCUAUCCUACCCUGCCUUACACUAGCAUAUCCUACCCUACCCUAUCCUACCUUACCUUACCUUACUGUACCCUACCCUACUUCACCCUACUCUACCAUACACCUACCAUACUUUACCCUAGCCUACCGCACCCUAUAUCACUCUUCCAUGGUCUACCGCAUCCUACUCUUGCCUUCCUACCCUUCCCUCUCUCGGCCUGCCCAAUGCAGUAUAAAUCCGGUCCAUUCCAAUCCCGUUCAGUCCGAUCCAUUCUUGACCGGUACAGUCAUUUCCUGCCUCGCCUUGCCUUAUCUAUCUUAUUCUUAGUGUAAUUGUUUCUAAUCCACCUUAAACUUACACAAUCUUUCACAACUUCCACCCCUCUCCCUAAAAUUGUACUACCUACUUCCCAACACUAACUCUCCUUGCCUUGUAUAUGGUCAAUUCAAAGCCAACUUUUGCAACUUCAAACCUAAUUUUCUCAUUUCCAGAACAAUGAAAACCAGCUAUGCACAGCCAGAGAUUCGGCCGAAGAGAUGCCAAAAACGAAUAACGUACUCGAUAAAACACAAUUCGAACGAUUACCAGAGCACACGCUACAAACAGACAGAACAAUGACACCAGAACAGAGCACCCAGUUCAGUCAGUCGUUUGCACCGACUCAGAAAAGCUACAAGUCAUUUAAGGAGAAGGCUUCGGUAUGGUAG